ACGAUCGAGUCCAACAGCAGCUCAGUCGAUCAGUUUCGUUCGCGUUGGAUCGUUUGUAGUAUCGCGAGUGUCUGUAAUCAUGUGGCUGCCCAAAACGGCUGUCCCGGUGCUGUGCCUGAUCCUGGCCUUGCUAGCGUGCGAUGGUCAGGCUCAACAGUCUACGGCCAAGGUUCUGUGCUACUACGACGGAAGUAACUUCCUCAUCGAAGGCCUAGGCAAAGUUUCGCUGCUCGACAUCGAAGCGGCUGUGCCAUUCUGUUCCCAUCUAGUCUACGGGUACGCCGCCGUGGAUCCAGAUUCAAACAAGGCUGUGUCCCGUAAUCCAAACCUGGACCUGGACACCGGCAAGGGAAACUUCCGGCUGGCAACACAGCUGAAGCGCAAAUUCCCAACUCUCAAAGUACUGCUCGGAAUUGGAGGCUACCGGUUUUCGGCCCCCUCACCCAAAUAUUUGGAACUGCUCGAGACGGGAGCUGCUCGCAUAACCUUCAUCAACAGUGUUUACUCGCUCGUGAAAACGUACGAGUUUGACGGCAUCGAUCUAGCCUGGCAGUUCCCGCAAAACAAACCGAAGAAAAUCCGUUCAACGACCGGGAAGUUGUGGCAUGGAUUCAAGAAAGUCUUUAGCGGCGAUCAAGUGCUGGAUGAGAAAGCCGACGAACACCGCGAGGAAUUCACCGCCCUGUUGCGUGAGUUGAAAAAUGCUUUCCGCUCGGAUGGGUACCAGUUGGGAAUCACCGUACUGCCACACGUCAACGCCAGUAUCUUCAUGGAUAUCCCGGCGAUCAUCAACUAUCUGGACUUUGUUAACAUUGCUGCCUACGACAUGCAGACUCCGGAGCGGAACCCGAAGGAAGCGGACUAUGCUGCUCCUCUGUAUGAAUUGAAUGAACGUGUUUUCGGUAAUAAUGUGGACGGAUUGGUUAAGCUUUGGUUAACCAACAACGCUCCAGCUUCGAAGCUAAUUGUGAGCAUCCCUACACACGGUCGUGGCUGGAAGCUGACUGAAGAUUCUGGUCUGACCGGGGUUCCUCCUCUGCCGGCCGAUGGAGCUGGGCCAGCUGGACCACAGAUACAGCAGGAAGGAUUUUACAGUUGGCCUGAAACUUGCGCCAAGCUGCCCAAUCCAAGCAACACUGGACUGAAGGGAGCAGAUGCUCCGUUGCGUAAGGUCGGAGAUCCUACCAAACGUUUCGGUUCGUAUGCUUUCCGUUUACCCGACAAGGACGGUGAGAAUGGGCUGUGGGUUUCGUACGAGGAUCCGGACACUGCGGGCAAUAAGGCUGCUUACGUCAAGGCGAAAACAUUGGGUGGAAUCGCUAUCAACGAUUUGGCUUACGACGAUUUUCGAGGAUCUUGCGCCGGGGAGAAGUUUCCGAUUUUGCGAGCAGCGAAAUACAGGCUGUAGUUUAGUGACAUCGAUUUUUAGAUCUGUUGUUUGUUAUAGCGAUGGGAUGAACAUGAGUGCGAAACAGUUGAUAUUGGAAUAAAAGAUUCUAUAAAGUUGAGUCAAUGUUGUGUA